UAAGCGCAUGCCAGCUGUCUGAAGUAGCCAAGAAAAAAAUAGAGAAGAAAAAGCAAAAGGGCGGGCAAAGAAAUGAGCGGGUAUCCAGUUCCCAGAGCCGAGUCGACUCACCACCGACUCUACGAGUUCGCUAAAACUGCCCUCAUCAGGAUCUUUGUCCACCCAUAUGCCACCGUCUGUGACUUGUACUGCGGCGGAGGAGUCGAUGCAGAGAAAUGGGAUGGAGCUCAAAUCAGCCAUUACAUUGGAAUCGAUGUUCUGUCAUCUGGGAUAAAUGAAGUGAGGGAAGCAUGGGAGAGUCAGCGGAAAAGUUUCACUGCUGAGUUCUUUGAGGCUAACCCUUGCAUUGAUAAUUUGGAAACCCAGUUGCAGGAGAAGGCCAUUCAGGCUGAUCUUGUCUGUUGCUUGCAGCAUUUGCAGUUAGGAUUUGAAACUGAAGAGAAAGCAAGGAGACUUCUGAGUAAUGUGUCAUCUUUGUUAAAACCAGGGGGUUAUUUUUUCGGUAUUACUCCUGACUCAUCUACCAUAUGGGCAAAGUACCAGAAGAAUGUUGAAGCAUACCACAACAAAAGUAGCAGUAUGAAGCCCAACAUUGUUCCCAAUUGCAUUCGGUCUGAGAGUUACAUGAUCACCUUUGAAAUUGAGGAAGAGAAGUUUCCAUUGUUUGGAAAGAAAUACCAGUUGAAAUUUUCUAGUGAUGUCUCUGCUGAGACCCAUUGCUUGGUUCAUUUUCCAAGCUUAAUCAGGUUGGCAAGAGAAGCUGGUCUUGAAUAUGUAGAGAUUCAAAACUUAACUGAAUUUUACGAUGACAACAGAUCACAAUUUGCAGGCAUGAUGAUGAAUGCUGGUCCAAAUCUUCUGGAUCCACGAGGAAGACUUCUUCCUCGAUCUUAUGAUGUGUUAGGUCUCUAUUCGACAUUUAUAUUUCAAAAACCUGACCCAGAUGUUAUCCCCCCAAUUGCAACCCCAUUAUUGCAGGACAGUAGUUAUGACCAUGAUGAGAGCGAGUGGCAGGGAGCUGGAUGGAGAGAAGAUGAGAAGAAUGGACAAGCAGAGCAGCCACCUCCACCUCCACCUCCACCACCACCUUCUGGACUAGGCAAGAUAAGUGAGCAGAAGGGGAUUUUGGGUCCUGGCCCAGCAGAGUUGCGCUUCUCUGAAGCACUUUGACUUGGAAAUAGCAGGAAAUAGGAAACUAACCAGCGGUGCUUGGCCUUUAAUGGAAGCAUGAAAUAAUUUUAUGGGUGCAAUCCAAUCUUGUAUUUUUUUUUUUUUUUUAAACUUUUGAACCUGAUAGAUUUCUACUGUACCCUGCACACAUAUAAAUUAAAUUUAAUAGGUGCAUUUUAUACUAACUUUACUCUUUAUUUUUGUGUGGAGUUGUUUUUUCCACUACAAUGGACCAUUAUGUUUCUACCAUUGAUUUUGUAUUUAGAAGUAAGCAGAUAUAGAUUGUGAUAUUCGAGCACCAGAUUCUGUCAAU